AUGGACAUGACCUUAAAAGGUCGAAUAAAACAAUCAAUAAGAUCAUGCACAUUCAAAGAUUUUAAAGUUCAUUUAGUAUUGUUAUCAGUAUGUUUGGUAUUUUCAGUUUUUUAUAUUAUCACCAAAAAAACAUUAAAUCAAAUAGAUGUAUGGGUUUUUUUAACUCUUCGUUUAGCGAUUGCCACCCCUAUAUUAUGGAUAUGUGCAUUUAUAGUGGAUACAAAGGAAAUGUUAAAGCUGCCAAAUAAAAAAGAAUUGUUAUUUUUAUCACUUUCUGGUAUUCUAUCAGUUACAGUCAAUCAAUCCUUAUUUUUAUUAGGUUUAAGUUUAUCAACAGCAUCAAAUGCAGCCAUCACACAACCAGCUAUCCCAGUAUUUAGUACAGUAUUUGGAGUACUUUUGGGAUUUGAAAGAAAAACAAAGCUAAAAUUCUUAGGUAUUGCAACAGCAGUUAUAGGAUGCGUUUUAAUGGUAGAUUUUACACACCUUACAUCAGAGAACUCAUCUUCAAGAGAUAUAUUAUUGGGAAAUUUAUGUUUUUUGGGUAAUACUGUAGCCUAUGCAGUCUUUUUAAUGGUUCAAAAGCCACUUGGAGAUAGAGGUAUCAGUGCAAUUAAGAUCAUGGCAUGGUCAUUUGGUAUUGGUUCACCACCAGUAAUAUUAUUUGGUCUUUUAUACACCGAUAAUAUCUCUCAUGCUGUUGCCUCGAUUACAGUAUGGCCAUGGAUGGCUAUUCUAUAUUGUGCAAUAUUAGCAACAGCAUAUUGUUUCUUUGCAAGUAGUUGGGCAGUUGCCAAAAGUAAUGCUGUUACAGUCUCGGUAUAUUUGUGUGUAGAACCACUAGCAACAGGUAUUUUAGCAACUAUAUUUUUACCAGACGAAAUUCUAACUCUUCUAAACAUAUUUGGUGGUAUAGUUAUGGUUUGUGGUGUUGCUCUUGUAAUGGUCUCCAAAUAUCGUGAAAAGAAAAAAGACGAAUUAGAUAAUUUCGAAAAAGAAAAACUUAAAAGAUACGAUAUGAACAAUAGUGCUGUAGAAUUAAAUACUUUAUCACCAGAAGCCAUUAUAAAUAUUUCAAAAGAAAAUUCAUAUAGCAAAAUAAUUUCUUCAAAUUCAAUUAUAAAUGAAAGUGAUGAAAACGAAGAGUUUAGCGAUAAUAAAAAUCAAGAAAUUGAAAUAGAUAAUAUAAACGAUAGUAAUAAUAAUAAUAAUAAUAAUAAUUUUAACAACAAUAUAAAUAUUCAACCAUAUUUUAACGGUAAUAAUUUAUUAAACCAAUUUAAACAAGAGGAGGAAAACGAAGAUAAUGAUCAAGAAAUUAAUUUAAAUGACUCAAUAGAUGACUCAAUUAAGGGAGGCGGCAACACAAAAGCUGAUAAUCACACAUAA